GCAGCCGUCAACCCAUCCACGGCCCGGGCGGCGCUCGGCGGGAGCGGGGUUGGGCGUGCUGUGGGCGGCGCUCCCGGCGCGGGAGAGCCGAGCGGGACAUGGCCGAGGCGGAGCCGCUGCCGCCCGAGGGACCACCCGGCUUCCAGCCCCGCAGGGUCUGCGGCGGGAGCGACGGGUCGGGGCCGCCGGAGCUGCCCGGCGGCGACAGGCGGGAGCUGCUGCAGGAGGUGGAGAUGCAAAUCGGCGACGCCGCCUUCUCCCUGGCGAAGAUCCUGGAGGCGACGUCGGCCGUGUCGGCCCAGGUGGAGGAGCUGGCCACCAAGUGCUCGGAGAACGCGCGGUUCCUCAGGACGUGGCGGGACCUGCUGAGGGAGGGCUACGAGUCCCUGAAGCCCAGCGGCUGACGCUGGCCCUGCCCCCGAGCCGCGCUCGGCCCGGGCUGCGGCGGGGCUCUCUUCCACCGCCUCCUUCACCGAGCUCACGUGGAGCUCUGUUUUCCCACAGAGCUCUUUCACAAAUACUUGAGGGCUCUCAUAUGGAUUUUUAUGUUAGUCUGCCGAACAGAAAAGCUUUGUUUAGGGAAUCAGUUUUGACUUUUAGGUUCUUCGUAGACGCUCAAGCGAUCUCAGUACUCUCUUUUUUGUUUUCUCUCUUUCGUGCUAACGAGGUAUAUUCAAAGUUAGUAUGUGUGCUACAUUCAGAACUCAUUACUGGUAGGGAAGUGGUGUCCUACAAGGAGGAAUUGUCAGCCCUCCUUUUUAAGAGCUGUCAACAGCAGAAACGCUGCCAAAACCAGAGAAACUUGAAAUAACUUCAGUUUUUUGUUACGUACACUUUUGCUUCACGUUGAGUAUGGGAUAAUGUGGCAAGCUGUGGCUUAUUUAUGAGUUGUAGAAAAAUCCUAUAUCCCAAACCUUACUAUUUUUAGCAAUUUUUAGUCUUCUGCAAAGCUGCAGAUUAUUUUUUGCAAGAUGUUUUAUUGCUGCAAACAAUUUUACCCUACCUUUUGUUGUAAUAAAGUGCCUUAUGAGGGACCAUAUAUUUCUGCAGGGUAGAAGUUUACCAGCAUUGUUUACUGACAGGAUGGAUUAUUUUCAAUUGUAAGUAAAAGCUUCCAUUAGUUAGAAAGAAUCUGUGACAUAUUCUCCCAUGGCUGGGGAAGCACUUCAGAGCUUUUUCAGUAUUUGUUUCUAUUUUUUAUUUUUGCCUUAAGCAGUGAUUAGUUUGAUAGUCUAGAGCUUACAGUUAAUAGAACCUUUUGGUCUGAAAGAUGGCUAGUCUGCAGUAAAUAGCUGUCCUGACACUCCUGUACCUUUACCAGGCACUGUUAUGCUGAGAUUUAAUGGCAGACUGCUGGAGACCAUGACUCUGCCAAGACUUCUUAGCAGGCCUUAUUUUUACUUACAGGAGUUUGAGAAAGACCCACUGUAGUUUGCUUAUCAAAUCAAUAAAGAUGUUGCAAACAUUCUGAA